AUGACCGCCCUUCCCCGCAUCCUCUGCCUCCCAGGCUACACUCAGAAUGCUGCAAUCUUCAGCGGACGGAUAGGUGCGCUGAGACGGGCGCUCAAGGACUCGGCUGAGUUGGUGUUUGUCGAUCCGACCCACAUCGUUGACAUGCCGACCGACCCAACCGACUUCCGCAACAAGUUCGACUCGGACGCGUCUGCCUCUCCCACCUCAGACGCCGACACCCCUCGCGCCUGGUGGUUCGCCAAACCACACCCUUCCGACGGUCACUACCGCGAGUUCGUCCGUUUCGACGAGACCUUGCGUCACCUCCGACAAAUCUUGGAGGAACAGGGACCGUUCGAUGGGGUCUUUGGGUUCUCGCAGGGCGCGGCAUGCGGUGCGAUCCUCACCGCACUCGUGGAGAACCCCUCUCUCGACCCGAUCUUUGCGGCGCCCUCGUCGAACCCGUCCGUCGCGUGGCCUCCAAAGCCAUUCAAGUUUGCCAUCCUCUCUGCCGGGUUCUUCCCGCUCGACCCGCGCGCGGCGGGGUACUUUGAGAAGAGCAAGCUGCGGACGCCGACGUUGCAUGUGCUGGGGAGGGGGGACACGAUUGUCGGUGAGGAGAGGUCGGUGCCGCUUACGAGGGCGUUUGAGGGCGCGAGGGUCGAGUGGCACGAUGGAGGCCACCACACCCCAAGCAAAGCCUCCUGGCGCCGCUUCUUCCAAUCCUACAUCGAGGCGUUCAGCGAAGGAGGAGGAGGGGCCGAAGCAGCCAACGCCUUGCCCUCUCCAACAGCGGGCGGAGAAAGUGGUACGGCUACUCCGGUCGAGGGAGGGGGCGGCAAACUGUAG